AUAUUGGAUUGGAAUUUGUUCUCAUAAACCCUCCAUUGAAUCUCUCGUCAUUUCAUAAACCCCAGUAUCUUCAUCUUCAUUCUUCAUUCUUCAUUCUUCUCUCUAUCUCGAUAAUUUAGACCAGGGAGCUCCAAACUCCAUCACGCAGAGCAUUUUCCCUGUUUUCUAUUGGCAACCAGUUAUGGUAUUGACAUAAAGUGGACAUGUAAGCUUAAGAGGAGACUUGAGUUGAAGUAUUCAGUUAAGUCAUGGUCUAACUGCAGAGUAAUGGCCUGAUAAUGGGACAUUUGUGAGUGUCUUUGUUUUUGUUUAGCUUUGAUAUGGAUUUUGGUCUCAUAUGCCAUUCCAAACAUCCAUCCCCUGUUGCUCCAUGUGCUUAACAGGCUUCAAUCUGUGCUAGUCUGGAAACAGAGAAAAUGUUGAUUCUCCAAGCCUCUUUCAUCUCAAUGACGGUUUCACCUCAAUAUGUACUUCAUAAUGCUUCUACUUUGCGUCGAUUCUUAACAGUUCCUACUGAAUAUCAAACUUUUAAGCCUUCUUGUUAUUUUAGAUAUCAUUCAGCCAGUAUUUUGCCGAAUCUUGUACACCAUAGAAACGGCCGAAAACUUCCUUGCUUUGCCGUUUCGUCUAAGUCUAAUUCAGAACAUGAUCCUGAACCUAGUGCUGAUUCUAAAGUAAAACCAAAAUCAAGAAGUCGCAUUAAGAGAAGCAAAGCUUCUUCUGGAAAGGAGGAAGAAAAUGGUGCUGGGAUCUUUCCAACAACAAUCCCAAGGAAGCCUCGGCGUGGUCGUAGAAGUGAAGCUGCAGCUCUUGAAGAUUAUGUUCGCAACACACUUGAACAAACAUUUGCAUCCAUUCGACAGCAGAAUGCAGAAGUAAUGGAAAACAAGGGAAAUGUAUUCAAGGAAAAGGUUGAUAACGAGGUUGAAUCUGAAAGUAGUGAUGAUGAAGAGGAUGAGGACGAAGAGGAGGACGUAGAACAAAAUGAUGGAGCUGGAAGAAAUAAGAAGAAGAAGAUGGUGGUAGAGGAAGAAGAUCCAAAUUGGCCCCUGGAUGCUGAUGUCGGAUGGGGAGUUCGAGCCUCGGAGUAUUUUGAACAGUACCCUAUCAAGAAUGUAGUUGGAGACGAUGGUGUCAAAAUUGACUGGGAAGGGGAAAUUGAUGACAAUUGGGUGCAGGAAAUCAACUGUUUGGAGUGGGAGAGCUUUGCUUUUCAUCCUAGUCCACUUGUUGUUCUUGUUUUUGAAAGAUAUAACAGGGCAACUGAUAAUUGGAAAACCUUGAAAGAACUUGAGAAAGCACUGCAAGUGUACUGGAAUGCAAAGGAUCGAUUACCACCCCGGUCGGUUAAGAUCGACAUCAAUAUCGAGCGCGACCUAGCCUAUGCUUUGAAAGUUAGAGAAUGCCCUCAAAUUUUAUUUUUAAGAGGAAACAAGGUCUUAUACAGAGAAAAAGACUUUCGAACGGCAGAUGAAUUGGUUCAGAUGAUUGCAUUUUUCUAUUACAAAGCGAAGAAGCCUUUAUGGAUCAAUGAUAAAGCUUUAUCUCGACCCUUUUGAGCUCAAAUUUCAUCCUCCUAUUUGGACAUACACCCAAGGUCAGAGGGUGUCAACGUAGGUAUGAUCUCAACCAACAAAAUAGUUUUCGAAUACUAUACUGGAGUUUGAGUUGGUUCAAAUGCAAACAUGUUUUGAGUUUAAAAUCAACAUGUGAUAUAGCUCUAGCAAGUCGAGUUUUAGCGUUUUCCCCUUUGACUACAUAACUUUGUAUGAGUUGUAUGUUUAAAUUUUUUUGUUCUGUAAUGUAAUAUUGUGGAAGAUUAAUCUCAAGCUACUGUUUGCUGAA